AUGGCCGACUCCAAGAACGUUGACGUGCCCGACUUGGGCUUCUGGGAAAAGGCAGAUCUCUCUCUCGCCCAGCUCACCAUCGCGACCAACGCUCUCCUGGCAGCCAUUACGGGCGUGUUUCGAGGCCAGGCCAGCCCGAAGAAAUACAGCCAUCAUGUCAUGGCCGCUGCUAUCCGCCGAAUGUGUGAUCGCACAUCCGAUCGUCAGAAGCAGACCAUGUAUCCCCCGACAACCUCCGUAUAUAACUCCGUGAUGCAAAAGCGCGGCCUGCAGCCAGCGAUCGUCUCUCUCCCCCACAACACAGAGGGCUUCUGGCUCGGUAACAAGAACGCAAAGAACGUCGUCGUCUACUAUCACGGCGGCGGCUUCGCGAUGGCAGCCGUACCCCCACACUUCGAGUUCUGGCUUGACCUGCUCCAAGUUGUCAACGACAGUGGCCACGAUAUUGCCGUCUUCUUCCCCCGAUACACCCUCACUCCCUACGGGACAUACCCGACACAGCUGCGCCAAGCCACCGGGGCCCUGCGAUAUAUUCUCAACGAGACAGGUCGGUCACCAGGUAGUGUGGUAGUGGGCGGCGACUCGGCUGGUGGGAACCUAGCCAUGGCAACACUGCUACACCUGUCGCACCCACACCCGGAAAUCGAGCCCAUUGUGCUCUCGGAGCCACUAGCAGGCGUGUUUGGCUAUGCGCCGUGGGUCAACUUUAGCCAUGAGGGGCCAUCAUUCAAGGAGAAUGAGUGGAAAGAUAUUCUCACCUCUAACGUGCUGAAUAAUUGGUCUGCCUCUUACCUUAGUGGUAAAGUGAGUGAUAAUUGGAAUGAGCCGGAUAGGGCGCCUGCGGAGUGGUGGCAGGAUGCGAAAACGGAGCGUAUCUUGAUCUUGGCUGGUGGUGAUGAGAUUUUGCUUUCGCCGAUCGAACAGUUUGCGAAGAAGAUCAAGUCUGUCUUCGCGCACACUACCUUUGUCGUUGGUUACGACGAGGCCCACGAUGCGCACAUCUACACCGAUGCUGGGUCGAAGGAGGGAACACAAACGAGCAGGGAGCUGCGCAAAUGGAUCGCUGCUCGUUUGUAA